CAGGCCGUAAGCGCACCCCACCCUUGCGCGCUAUGGGCUCGGACAUCUGGGUCGGCCCUUGGCGGCCCCACCGGCCCCGCGGCCCCAUCGCAGCGCUCUACAGAGGCCCAGGGCCCAAAUACAAGCUGCCACCGAACACCGGCUACAUUCUGCACGACCCGUCGCGGCCCCGCGCCCCGGCCUUCUCCUUCGGCGCGCGCCUCCCCACGCAGCAGACUUCUUGCGGCCCGGGGCCCGGCCACCUGGUUCCUGCUCGCAUGACCGUGCGCGGCCCCGACGGCACCCCCGCCUACUCCAUCUACGGCCGCCCCCGCCACGCAGCGCCCCUCCUCACUCCCGGACCCGGCAGGUACUUCCCUGAGCGAGCUGGGAACGCGACGUACCCCUCUGCGCCUCGGCAUACCAUCGCUCCCCGAAACUGGGGCAUCCCUGCGGAGCAGCAGACCCCAGGCCCUGGGACCUACAAUGUGCCCUCGCUCUUGGGUCCGCGCGUCAUCGGUAAAGUCUCGGCCCCAACUUACUCCAUCUAUGGCCGCAGCGCAGUGGGCAGCUUCUUCGAGGACCUCAGCAAGACCCCGGGCCCCUGCGCCUACCACGUGGUGAACACUGGGAUCUACAAGUCUCGGGCCCCCCAGUUCUCGAUGCUGGCGCGGACUUCACUCCCCCAAGACAACACCCUGAAUCCGGGACCCGCAGCCUACAACGUGGACCAGCACCGGAAGCCUCGCGGCUGGAGCUUCGGGAUCCGGCACUCGGACUACCUGGCCCGGGUCCUGACCAAUGCAGAUGAUUGACCGGCGGGGAGGGCGCAGCCCCACAGACGUUUGCUUAAAGCUUCCCGAGCCAGCAGCGUGUCCAUCCCUCU